UGGAAGAAAGAAAAAAUAUCUUUAUAGGCAGCUCCGUCGCAUUGGAGUUGCAGGCUUGCAGCCAUCUCCAUCUUCUAUAUUUUAAACAAUAAACCUUCUCUCAGAGAAUUAAAAAAUUAUUUUCAAUUUCUCUCUCUUUUCCCCCCUCUUUUUUUCCAAGAAAAUAUUAUAUAUUUAUUCUUUUUUUAACUUUAAUUUGUAUUAGUCAUUACCCCACCAACACAAAAAACACAGCAACGCCAAAAGCUAUACAAAACUUUGAACUAAAAAAUCUCUCUUUGUGAUCAUCAUCAUUAUUUAAUCACGGCCCUUUGAAGGAGGAUCUGAUGGCAGCACAAGGGCAAGCAACCAUGGACCCUAACGUUCUGGAUGACAUAAUCAAUCGGCUCACGGAGGUCCGAUUAGCCCGACCCGGCAAGCAGGUCCAGCUCUCAGAGACCGAGAUCAAACAUCUUUGUGUUGCCUCUAGAGACAUCUUUAUUCGACAACCUAACUUGCUUGAACUUGAAGCCCCGAUGAAGAUUUGCGGUGACAUACAUGGGCAAUACAGUGACUUAUUGAGGCUUUUUGAAUACGGAGGCUUUCCUCCUAAAGCCAAUUAUUUGUUUUUAGGGGACUAUGUGGAUCGUGGCAAGCAGAGUUUGGAAACAAUAUGUCUUUUGCUUGCAUAUAAGAUUAAGUAUCCGGAGAACUUUUUUCUUCUACGAGGAAACCAUGAAUGUGCUUCUAUUAAUAGGAUAUAUGGAUUUUACGAUGAGUGCAAACGGCGGUUUAAUGUGAGACUUUGGAAAGCCUUUACUGACUGUUUCAACUGCCUUCCUGUGGCGGCUCUUAUAGAUGAAAAAAUAUUGUGCAUGCAUGGUGGUCUUUCUCCUGACCUGUCAAACUUGGAUCAAAUUAGAAACCUUACUCGUCCUACUGCUGUUCCUGACAAUGGUUUACUUUGUGAUUUGCUCUGGUCGGAUCCUGGAAGAGAUGUUCAGGGAUGGGGAAUGAACGACAGAGGAGUUUCAUACACCUUCGGAGCUGACAAGGUGUCAGAAUUCUUGAAAAAGCAUGAUUUGGACCUGGUCUGUCGUGCACAUCAGGUUGUGGAGGAUGGAUACGAAUUCUUUGCCGACAGGCAACUUGUUACCAUAUUUUCAGCUCCUAACUAUUGUGGUGAGUUUGAUAAUGCUGGUGCAAUGAUGAGUAUUGAUGAAGAAUUGGUGUGUUCUUUCCAGAUUCUUAAGCCAGCCGAGAAAAAAGCUAAGUUCUUGAUGUCAACAAAAAUGUGAUGUUUGGUAGCUUCUCAGGCUUAACCAAGAGUUGAAAGUAAAGAAUACCAGCUUCUGAACAUAACACUUGAGAGUUGAGG